UUUUUUCCUUUUGUCUUUUCUUCUUCUUCUCUUUCCCUCAGCAACUAUGCAGCUUUGGCACGCCAUCUGCCUCGCCAGCUUGGCCGUGGCCGCCCCGACCCAUGGGCGCCUCGGCGACGCCCAGGUCGAAAAGCGCGAGCCCACCCCCUCGCCGAACCACCUGUCCGUCACGGGCGCCGAGGGCGCUCUCGAGGCGCGCGCCUACCGCGCCCCCGAGGUCGAGAAGCGCCAGCGCAAGCGCCCGGGCAGGAGCCACAAGAGCAUUGGAAGCGGUGUUGCUACUUGCAUGAGUAUUCAGUGCACCGACGGCAUUGCUAAGCGCAGCAACGACGCGGUCGAGAAGCGCGAGCCCAAGCGCAGCAACAACGCGGUCGAAAAGCGCCGGCUCAAGCGCCCGGGCGGGGGCUACAAGAGCAUUGGAAGCGGUGUUGCUACUUGCAUGGGUAGUACUGGGUGCGGCGACGGCCUUGCUAAGCGCAGCAACAACGCGGUCGAAAAGCGCGAGCCCAAGCGCAGCGACAACGCGGUCGAAAAGCGCGAGCCCAAGCGCCCGGGCGGGGGCUACAAGAGCAUUGGAAGCGGUGUUGCUACUUGCAUGGGUAGUAGGUGCGGCGACUUUGCUAAGCGCAGCGACGACGCGGUCGAGAGGCGCUUCGUUUCGGUCGACAAGAUCGGCGGCGGCAUCGCGCCCGCCUACAACCCCAGGGUCCGGACCUAGAGACCCGGGCGGCCGGACUGGCCGACGCCUUCGGGUUGGCUCGGCCGGAGCGGCUCUGGUUGAAGGAACAACCCUAGGGGUGGUGGCUGCGGUUUUGCUCUUCUUGCUUGUUUCGUGUGCGUUUGCCGUCUGCGUGUGGGAUUUAGCUUUGUUUAGCUCUGCUUUUGGGUUUUUUUUUCUUGGCUCUUGUUUUU